CCCUCAAACACCAGGUCCUUAUGUACCUGCCCAUUCCCGCCAUUUUAUCACCUACUCAUCUUCGCAAUUCCGGCAAGAUCUCAAAUUCCCGACCGACCAACCCUAGAUCAUCGGUAUCGGUUGCAGGUAGCAACCUCCAUUUUCGGCUAUUUCAACCAGAGUCUCAGCGAUUCGCCGGAACUGUUAACUCGCCCGAUUCUGUUACUAAAAACAACGUGAAACCGCCACUUCUGGCGAGGAAAUGGACCUGCUACUCGCUGAGAAGGUCCUUUUGGGCCUCUUCGUGGCCAUAGUGACCGCCAUUACUGUCUCCAAGCUCAGGGGCAAGCGCCUCCGGCUGCCUCCUGGUCCCCUGACCAUUCCCAUCUUCGGAAACUGGCUCCAAGUCGGCGACGACCUGAAUCACCGAAACCUCUCCGAUCUGGCCAAGAAGUUCGGCGAUGUCUUCCUUCUGAGAAUGGGGCAGAGGAACCUGGUUGUUGUUUCUUCUCCUGAUUUGGCCAAGGAUGUUCUCCACACGCAGGGCGUCGAGUUUGGAUCGAGAACCAGAAACGUCGUCUUCGACAUCUUCACCGGUAAAGGCCAGGACAUGGUUUUUACAGUCUACGGCGAGCACUGGAGGAAGAUGAGGCGUAUCAUGACUGUUCCUUUCUUCACAAACAAGGUGGUUCAGCAGUACAGGUAUGGCUGGGAAGACGAGAUCGGACGGGUGGUCGAGGAUGUACGGAACAAUCUGGCAGCUCAGAAGGAGGGAGUCGUCCUGAGGAAGCGCCUGCAACUGAUGAUGUACAAUAAUAUGUACAGGAUCAUGUUCGAUCGGAGGUUCGAGAGCGAGGACGAUCCCCUCUUUGUGAAGCUCAAGGCCUUGAAUGGAGAGAGGAGCAGACUGGCUCAGAGCUUCGAGUACAACUAUGGCGAUUUCAUUCCCAUUCUGAGGCCUCUUCUCAGAGGUUAUUUGAAGCUCUGCAAGGAAGUGAAGGAGAGGAGACUGCAACUUUUCAAGGACUACUUCUUGGAGGAGAGGAAGAAGCUGGCCAGCACUAAAGGGUCCUCAGGGGAUUUGAAGUGUGCGAUUGAUCACAUUUUGGACGCUCAAAAGAAAGGCGAAAUCAACGAAGAUAAUGUCUUAUACAUAGUGGAGAACAUCAAUGUUGCAGCUAUCGAGACAACCCUGUGGUCCAUCGAGUGGGGCAUAGCCGAGUUGGUGAACCACCCCCACAUCCAAGCCAAGCUUCGGGCCGAGCUCGACUCGGUGCUUGGACCCGGCGUCCCAAUCACCGAGCCCGACACCUACAAGCUCCCAUACCUUCAAGCUGUGAUCAAGGAGACCCUCCGCUUUCGAAUGGCGAUCCCGCUCCUCGUGCCUCACAUGAACCUCCAUGAUGCCAAGCUCACAGGCUAUGACAUACCAGCUGAGUCCAAGGUUCUUGUCAAUGCUUGGUGGCUCGCUAACAACCCUGACAACUGGGUGAGGCCUGAGGAGUUCAGGCCUGAGAGGUUUUUGGCAGAGGAAGCUCGAGUUGAGGCUAAUGGAAAUGAUUUCAGGUACUUGCCCUUUGGUGUUGGAAGGCGUAGCUGCCCUGGUAUCAUAUUGGCUCUGCCUAUAUUGGGUUUGACCCUGGGAAGGCUUGUCCAAAACUUUGAACUCUUGCCUCCUCCAGGCCAAGACAAGGUGGACACUACAGAGAAGGGAGGCCAAUUCAGCCUGCACAUUCUCAAGCACUCCACUAUAGUGGCCAAGCCUAGGGUCUUCUAAAAAUAAAAUUGUUGAGGCCUUGCUACUCUCUCUCUUCAAAAUGUUUUUUAAGUUAUCUUGUACUGAGUUGUGCUUCAUUUGGUGGUCUUCAUGUUGUAAAAACUUUUGGUAAAUUUGAACUAUUGUGAUGAGAUUACGGGCUCUUUUUACCCUUUGGACAAAUAUUUUAAUAUCUGAUAUUAUCAUAGUAUUUUA